CAACACCGGCCGCUUUCCACUCGUGACGUCACGCACGCACGCCAUAUUGAAUUUUUUUUCCGCUUUCCCCCCUCAACACAGCAGCCAUUAGCACGUCGCUCCGUGGUGGAUUUACACGCUCGGAAACAUGGAAAUUGACACCCUUCUAGAGGCUCUAAAAGAUUUCGAGAAGAAAGGGAAAAAGGAAGUGUCUCCUGUAUUGGACCAGUUUCUGUGCCAUGUCGCAAAGACUGGAGAGACCAUGGUCUCAUGGUCGCAGUUUAAAAGCUACUUUCUGUUCAAACUGGAGAAGGUUAUGGAGGACUUUCGAGCUUCGGCACCAGAGCAGAGAGGACCUGCGAACCCUAACGUAGAGUCUAUCCCGUUUGAGGAGAUGAAAGAGAGAAUAUUGAAGAUUGUCAACGGAUACAACGGGAUUCCAUUCACUAUCCAGCGCUUGUGUGAGCUACUCACAGAUCCCAAGAGGAACUACACAGGAACAGAGAAAUUUCUCAGAGGGGUUGAGAAGAAUGUGAUGGUGGUCAGUUGUGUGUAUCCCAACUCAGAGAAAAACGGUUGUAGUGGUGUUAACAGAAUGAAUGGAGUCAUGUUGCAAGGUAGCACAUCCAUAUUCACAGAAAGGAAAGUGAAUGGGCCAGGAACGCCACGGCCAUUGAGCAGAGUGAAAAUUUCCACAUCUAGUUCACUGGCCACAAAUGGUUUGCUGGACAGCACAGAAAACAAAGAUGCAAACACAACACCUGGCCACAGCAAACCUGUCUGUGAUGUGCCUGUGUCAGGCCUUGGAUCUCCCUUGAAUAGCUGCAUUAAGAACAAGCAUGCAGAUGAGGAAGAAAACCCAGAGGAAGAACAGCAGGAGGUGAAGAGGCUCAAGUUCAGUGAGGAAGGAGGUGAGGAUGAGGAGGAGGAAGACACUGAAGGUGAAUCGGAUGACAAGACCAUUCAAUCUGAGGAGGUGUCUGGUGUUUCGGGAAAUGCAGAUUCGCCAUCAUCCAUGACGCAGGAGGAGAAACAUGAAGGGCAUGAGGAAGAGCGGGAGGAUGCCAGUUCAACGGCAUCUUGUGAGGACCAAGAGCCAUCUAGUACACAAUCCGACUUUGCAGAGAGGGAAGUUCCUUCCGGUUCUGCCCAGGAACCCAGUGACAUGGACCAGUCAGAGCAGACAGCUCCUGCUUCCAGCCCUGAGAGGCAGGAGGUGGAGGAGGAGUCUAGCGAGCCGGACAGUAGCAGCAGCAGCAGCAGCAGUAGUAGUAAUGAGCUUGCUGCUGGCCCUGCCGCCUCUUCUGACUCCACCCCCAGUGGUGCAGACUCACCCACAGAGGGCAGAGUGGAGAUGGGGGAUCUAGACUUAGAAAACACAGAAGAGCCUAUGGAGCAGGAUUAAGGCGCCUACUAAACACAGACUUUGUAGCAUAAACAACAACCAGCGUGUGGAGAUUUCAGAACACACUAACAGUAACAGGAUGGACUCUUUAACUGGGGCCAACAACAGCCUUUUGGUCCAGCGUCACCUACUUUUUCCAGCUUUCUUACCUGUUAUGGGUGGACACACUAUGCUGGUGUACAUAUGUGAUGAUUUUUUUUUUUGUUUUUAUUUUCUUUUUAGUUUUGUAUCGAAGGUUUUAAACUGGAAGUUUUUCAUUCUCUUUCACUUGCACCCUACCUUUAGCACCACUGAAUGCAGUUGGUCUUUAAAAGUUUUUCCCCCUUCUGUUCUAGUCCAGCAGAGCGAUUGUGGUCUCUCACUUUGAUAUAUUCUGUACAUGCUAUAGAUGUGUGAGGGUUUUGGGGUUUCUUUUUCCCCUUCAGUUUUUUUUUUUUUGUAGUUCAUUUACACAGACUUUAUCUCCAGAUCAGUAGAAUUUCUCCUUUCUUAUGCAGUUUCUCUAAGGACUCCAAAGCAAGGGCCAUAAUUAUUGGUUCGUAUUCAGGUUAUUUUUCCUCCCACUUGUGUUGGGCUGUUGGUUAAGGGUUGUGCUACAUCUGUCAGAUUGUCUGCAUAUGGACCCAUGUAGAAAUGAUUAGCUGAUACACCCCCAUCCCCACAUGUUGUCCCUCCCUUCCCUUUUUUAAACUCUUGCUGUUACACCCUAGUCUGUAAUGAAGGAAAGAGUUUCAUAUAAAAGGUACAUAUACUUAGUGGAACAGAUUUCAAGUGAAUGAUGAAUUUUUUUUUUUUUUUGGUUCACAACAAUAAUUUAUAUGAACAUUUCAAUGAAUCACUCUAUUUUUGAGAAAUUUAGAUUUUUUUUUUUGGAUGCCAGUCUGAGCACUAGUCAGAUUGAGCUAAAACUGUGUGUUUGUGAAAGUGAGAGUGUGUGAGAGGCGCUCAUGUCUAUACCACACUGUCUCACCAGUUACAACUGACUGCCUCUACUGCACCUGUACUGUUUUGAUAUUUAGAAUUUUUAAAGUUCGGUAGUUUUGUAGAGCAUUGUGUUCACUGCUGUUUGUGGAUCCAUAUUAUUGUAAGAUCUUUGUGUAUACUGAAUGCGUGUGCUUUCAAUGCAGUAUUCAGGUGAAGCAAUAAAUGUUCUGAUUUUAAAUGUGCAAAUGAGGUGUUUUUCUUAUCUUAUUUUUUAUUGAUUAAGGUUUUCUACCUUUUGUUUAUAUAAUGCCUUGUCUUUGUAAACAGUGAACAGGAACUUCUGCAGUACAAACACAUGAACUAAAAUAGUAAAGAUGACUCAUGCAAAAUGGUCCAAAUGUUUCCACGUAUUUACUCUUCUGAACAAAUAACAUGUUCAUAAACUAUUAAUGUUGCUUUCCAGUUGAUUUUGUAAAAAUUUACAUUGCACAUUAAAAUCACAGCUAUUUAA